AUGGAUUUCCCCUUUGCUAACGUCACCGGCACCAGCAAGGAGGGGGGUGAUCCUGCGGUUGGGUUGGGAGCAGGGGACAGUGCAGGGAGAGAGGGUGAGGGACAGGAUGCUAUGGCGCCGCCUGUCACCUUCGCGUCAACUGCACUCGACAACCGCUUUCUUCCGACGCCCUCCUCCUCUCGUCCUUUUAUUUCCCUUGACCACCAGAACGUGCUUUUUCAAGUGCUGGGUGCACGUGGGGCUGCAGCUCCAGCGGGGAAGGAAGUGGAAGUGGUGGCGUCGGGGGAGGAUGUGCGAGUAAAGGCGGAAGGGACGGGAGGGGAGGCGUGUGCGUUUCAGCAGGAGGAUUGGGUGGGUGGAGGAGGGGAGGGGGCGGAACUGGGUGUUGUGAGGUUGAUUAAGGAUGUUGGGAUCGACCAGCUGAGGAAGGAGAGGGGUUACAUUGUGUAG